AUGACAAAUACUGAACCACCUGAAUCCAAAGAACAACAAACUAUGUCAGGUUGGCUCGAACGUAAGUUUAUUUUAGGUUUUUGGAGCAAAAGAUUUUGUAAACUUGAAGAUAAUAGGAUUGAGAUAUGGAAAGAUGAAGAAUGCAAAAAAAUAGAUUCUGAAAUGGAAAUUACCCAGCAAACUACAAUUGAAAUCCUUGAUGAUGAUAAAGAAUUCAGAUUCGUUGUCGAGACACCAGAUGUUGAUACUUAUCAACUAAAAGCUGCAUCUAAAGACGAGCUAAUGAAAUGGAUUUUAGCCCUUCGUAGUAUAACUUUUUCCAACAAUGAUCUGACAAUGGAAAACUUCAAAAUCCUGUCGGUCAUCGGAAGAGGAUUCUACGGAAAAGUUAUGCUCGUUUCAAAAAUAUCCAAUAAUGAAAUAUUUGCAAUCAAAUCUAUCCACAAAUCAAGAUUAAUUCAAUCGGAUAAAGUCCAUACAGUCAUCGCAGAACGUAAUAUCUUAUCAAAAGCCGCUCAUCCGUUUAUCAUCUCUUUGAAAUUCGCCUUCCAAACUCCAUCGAAAUUUUAUCUUGGCCUCGAAUACGCUCCUGGAGGGGAAUUGUUUUUCCACAUGCAGAAACGUGGUGCAUUCCCUCUAGAAGACCUAAAAAUCUAUUUGGCAGAAAUUGCUUUGGCUUUAAAUCAUCUUCACUCAAUCGGAGUUGUUUAUAGAGAUUUGAAGCCAGAGAAUGUUUUGUUGAGCGCUCAAGGACAUAUUAAGCUUACAGAUUUCGGAUUGGCAAAAGAUCUUUACAAUGAAGAGCUGACAUCGACAUUUUGCGGUACUUCGGAGUAUUUGGCACCAGAAAUAAUUCGUCAUGAGAAAUACGGCAUAGAAGUUGACUGGUGGUCACUUGGUAUUUUAACUUACGAAUUAUUGUUCAAUAAGACACCAUUUUGCCAUCCGAACAAGUCAAGAUUAUUCCAGAAUAUCCUAGAAAAGGAAGUUCAAUACCCUGCCGGUGUUCAAACCUCAAUUAUAGAGUUCAUCAACGGAUUACUUCAAAAAGAUAAGAGAAAGAGGUUGACAUUCAAGCAAAUGCAGAACUUGGAGUUCUUUAAAGGCCUCAAUUUCAACGAUGUCCUUGCAUUGAAAGUUCAACCUUCGUUUAUUCCGAAAUGCGACAAUCAAGGUGUUCCAUCGAACUUCGAUACCGAAUUCACUACCGAACAGCCGGCCGAUUCAUUUGUAAUGCCAGUUUACGGAUCUGCAGAAAAAUAUCCUGGAUUUUCGUACAUGGAACCAGAAGGUCUUCAGAGCUCUAUGCCCAAAGAUUUUGCUGAUUUAGACUUGAAGGAUUCAGAGCCUCAUGAUUCAAAUGAAACCAACUAA